AUACACACAAAUCCAUGGACCAGACUGGCAUAAGCCUUGCAUCAUGCCGGCAUGGUGUAAUUCUCAAAAUGUGCAAUAUGACUCGUGGUGAGGUUUUUGGCUAUGCACACUAUCUCCAUAUAAAUUACUUCAAAAGUGCCAAGUACAUCUGCCAGGACAUCAUAUGCCAGUACAGUACUGGCCAUGGGCCCUGAAAAUUCAAGAAAAAAAUAAAAAAUUCACCCUACUGGAGACAAAGCCGUUCCUAGGGGUUUUGCAUGCAAAAGCACAUGCAUGGUAUUGCCAGGUCUUGUAUGGAGGACGCUGGCAGCAUGGAAGUGGUUUGACCACAGGUGAAGAAACCGAGCAAAUUUUCAGCUAUAUGUCGCGGUACAACAGUACCACCAAAAACAUGUUGAAAGCCGAGCGUGAAGAAGAACUUAGUGAAUCUUCAUUUUUUUGGAACCAACGUAAACAUGACUCUUUAGCUCGUGUUCUAGCUUCAAGAUUUUGUAAGGCAAAAGAAGCUGCAGAGUUAAUAAGAAAGGAGUUAGCUGACUUAUCUCUUGAUGAAAAACAACUUCUCAUCUGGAUUGCAGAGUUAACCAACUUAGCCCAGAGUUUAAUUAAAAGAUCAGUUUCUCAAAAUGAUGUUCAAAAGGGGAUAGAGUUAGUAUGUGACUCAAUUAGAACCAAGAAAUCCCACAUAUCCAGUGUAGCAGUUUCAAGCAAAAUGAGAUCACGAUACCGUGCAAAGAUUGAAGCAGACAGGAAAAAGUUGAGGGAACUGAUAGCGGUCUACAAUGAAGACAAUACAGAAAAACUUAGUGUGGACAUUGAUGAAGAGGGCAACUUUCCAUGGUAUAAUGACACUCCUCAACCAACUGAUAAUGUUACUCUUCAAGAAAAGAGAAAUGCUGCAGAAAAGCUGCAUAUGUACAACAGGACUAUGGAAGAACAAAAUGUCAUUCAACUGGAAAUGAAAAGUUACUUGGAUUUCUACAGAAAAAAGCUUGAGAUAACACAAAGACUAGAUGAUGUACAAAACAAAAGUGCUCCACCCUCUUGGAUAAUUGAAGAACAGGGUAAAUACUCAAUAAAGAAGUCAUCAUUCCAGCAUGUAACCAGUGGACUUACGGCCCUCUUGCUAAAUAUGAAAAAAUUGUAUCAAAUUAAACUAUUUGAGGCAACUAACCUGUUUUCUGAAGACAGGGAAGUAGAGUACAACAAAUUUCAAACAGACAGUCAAGAUUCCGAGGAUUCUGAGGCCGACAGUGACAACAGUGUAGUCAGUAUUGAGUCACAGACUGACAACCAAGAAAUGGAAGAAACACUCUUCCCUUUGAUUUGAGUAGCUUUAAGUAGCAAAGCAAAGAGAAAAUAACAAGUAUUCUCUACCCCUGGGUUGGCAAAUGUUCUUUGCCCAAAUCAUCGUCAUGUUAAUUUUGCAUCCCUAUGUUGCUCAAGAAAGAUUUGUUUUCAAAUUAGUUUUUAUUUUUAUUAAUUACCCUCAAAGUUUUGUUUAGUUUAGAAAUGCUUAUUAAAUAAAUUGUAGUUGUAGU